CCUGGGGCGGCUUCCGGCGCGGCGGCUGCCCGGGCUGCGGGCGGCAGUUGGGUGACGGGCUGAUGCUGGCGGCGCGGCACGUCGUGUGCGCCCUGUCCGGCGGCGUGGACAGCGCGGUGGCCGCGCUGCUGCUGAGGCGGAGAGGUUACCAGGUGACAGGGGUGUUCAUGAAAAACUGGGACUCACUGGAUGAACAUGGCGUGUGCGCUGCUGACCGGGACUGCGAGGAUGCUUACAGGGUCUGCCAGGUCUUAGACAUCCCUUUCCACCAGGUGUCCUAUGUGAAGGAGUAUUGGAAUGAAGUGUUCAGUGAUUUUUUGAAUGAGUAUGAAAGAGGAAGGACUCCUAAUCCCGACAUAGUCUGCAACAAGCAUAUCAAGUUCAGCUGCUUUUUCCGUUAUGCUGUGGGUAAUCUUGGAGCAGAUGCUGUUGCCACAGGCCACUACGCAAGAACUUCACUGGAGGAUGAAGAAGUCUUUCAACAGAAGCAUAUUAAGAGGCCAGAAGGGCUUUUCAGAAAUCGAUUUGAAGUUAGAAAUCCGGUAAAACUUCUCCAAGCAGCUGACAGCUUUAAAGACCAGACCUUCUUUCUCAGCCAGGUUUCCCAGGAUGCCCUGAGAAGAACCAUCUUCCCUCUAGGGGGAUUAACGAAGGAUUUUGUAAAGAAAAUAGCUGCUGAGAAUAGACUCCAUCAUGUGCUCCAGAAGAAAGAGAGCAUGGGGAUCUGUUUCGUCGGUAAAAGAAACUUUGAGCAUUUCAUUCUUCAGUAUUUGCAGCCUCGACCUGGGAAAUUUAUUUCUAUUGAGGACAAUUCAGUUCUGGGAACACAUAAAGGUUGGUUCCUGUACACCCUGGGCCAGAGAGCUAAGAUCAGCGGCCUGAGGGAGCCCUGGUACGUGGUGGAGAAGGACGCUGCCAAGGGUGACGUGCUCGUGGCCCCCCGGACAGACCACCCAGCCCUAUACCGGGACCUGCUGAGGACCAGCCGUGUGCACUGGAUUGCAGAGGAGCCACCUGCCCCCCUGGUCCGGGAUAAGAUGAUGGAGUGCCACUUCCGAUUCCGCCACCAGAUGGCGCUAGUGCCCUGUGUGCUGACCCUCAAUCAGGACGGCACCGUGUGGGUGACUGCUGUGAAGGCUGUGCGGGCCCUCGCCCUGGGGCAGUUUGCCGUGUUCUACAAGGGGGAUGAGUGCCUGGGCAGUGGGAAGAUCCUGCGCUUGGGGCCGUCGGCCUACACACUCCAGAAGGGCAGGAGCAGAGCCAGAGUGGCUCCUGAGGGUUCCAGUGAGGGACCCAGCAAAGAUCCAGGCCCGUGCCCCACACCCUGACAGAAGCCGAGCCACAGGAGGACCCUGUGACAGCAGAGCCUGGGGCUGAGCAGCGUAGCUGGGGCAGGGCAGGGCAGGGCAGUGAUGGACUCAGUGCUGCCUGGACCAGGGGCAGCCCCAGGAAGGUGCUGAAACCAGCAACAGAAGCAUCCGAUGGCCAGUGGGUCAGCCCCGAGGCCCUGUUCAGUCUCCUUCAUGCUCACCCCCUGGGACAGUUGCCCUGGAAGAACACUGCAGGGACGGCAUUGAAUAAAAAGUCCAACUGGGA